CUUGCUCAUAAACGAAAUUACCGACAAAAAGUAUCCUCUCGCUGAUUCACAAAUUCAUUUAUCACAAAAGUCAUUAUGAGUGGAUCAGGGAAGAGUCUUCUCGGGGUGUGGCUGUACAGAAGAGGCGAAAGUUGGGCUGUCAAGGAAGGAAGUCCGCUACACAAAUCGCGCGACAUCCCCGAGAAUGAGAAUAAUUCAACUAGUGACAACAAGACUUCUGUGAUAUUUUCCUUGAAGAAUCAAGUCGGUGGCUUGGCACGAGCACUUCAAGUAUUUCAGGAUUUAGGUAUAAACGUCGUGCACAUUGAAUCGAGGAAGUCACUGCGCCGCGGAUCCGAGUAUGAUAUUCUCGUGGAUGUCGAGUGCGAUCCGAAGAGAAUGGAACAAUUGAUGAAGAUGCUGAACCGCGAAGUAGCGGCUAUCAAUCUCGCUCAUUAUGAACAGAUUGGAAAUAUACCACGCGCGCCUUCUCUUUCGACUGCGACAAGCUUCGAUUUUAGCGAUGUAGAUAUGCCCUGGUUUCCGCGGAAGAUAUCCGACCUCGAUCGGGCGCAAAAAGUUCUUAUGUAUGGCUCGGAAUUGGAUGCGGACCAUCCCGGUUUCAAGGAUACCGUGUAUCGUAAACGCCGCGAGGAGUUCGCCGACAUCGCUUACAAUUACAGAUAUGGUCAAUCAAUACCGAGAGUGCAGUACACGCCGGAGGAGAUCAGAACCUGGGGAACUGUUUUUCGCGAACUGCACCAACUCUAUCAAAAAUAUGCGUGCAAGGAAUAUCUGGAAAAUUGGCCGAAGUUAGUCAAGUAUUGUGGAUACAGAGAAGACAACAUACCACAACUGCAGGAUAUAAACGUUUUCUUGAAACGAACGACAGGAUUUCAACUUCGCCCAGUCGCGGGUUAUCUGACACCGCGGGAUUUCCUUUCCGGUCUUGCUUUCCGAGUGUUUCAUUGCACGCAAUACAUUCGACACUCUUCCGAUCCAUUUUAUACGCCGGAGCCAGAUUGCUGCCAUGAAUUACUGGGCCACAUGCCGCUGCUUGCCAACCCAAGCUUCGCACAAUUCUCUCAAGAACUCGGUCUGGCUUCUCUCGGCGCGUCCGAUGAAGAUAUAGACAAACUGGCAACCCUGUAUUUCUUCACGGUGGAGUUCGGUUUGUGCAAGCAAGAUGGUAUGUUACGCGUUUACGGGGCCGGAUUACUAUCAUCGGUGGCGGAAUUGAGACAUGCGGUCACCACCCCCGAGAAGACCAUGAGAUUCGAACCAGACAUCACUUGCAAGCAGGAAUGCAUCAUUACAGCGUUUCAGAAUGCGUAUUACUAUACGGAUAGCAUAGAAGAGGCAAAGGAAAAGAUGCGCGCGUUUGCUAAUCAGAUUCAACGACCCUUCGGGAUACGGUAUAACCCGUAUACUCAAUCGGUGGAGGUGUUGACGGAUGCCCAAAAGAUUUCAGCAGUGGUUAGCGAGUUGCGAGGCGAUCUAUGCAUAGUAUCGAACGCCCUGAAAAAGAUUCAUGAGCAGGAUGAUACUGUCGAUGUCGAAAGGAUAACGAGCCUGCUGAAGCACGGCAUCGACAUGCCACAUGAUAAUUCGUCCUCGGAUAGCGAUGAUCAGGAUAACAGUCCCAACGCCGAGGAAACUCAUCCUCAAGAUCAGCAAUCGCAUUGUGAUAAUAAAGAUGUUACCAUGAAGAAUUAAGUGACAUCGUCCUUAGUAUCGCAUGCCUAGUAACGUAGAAAUCUCUGUCUUACAUAAAGAUGUAAAAUCUAUAAUUAUAGUCAUAUACAACAAUCCAAAGAUAUAAUUAUUUUGAAGC